AUGACAAAUGCAAAACCCAUGAAUAUGGAUCUCUCGCAAACGUUAGAAGAUACCGAUGAUGUCGAAACUUUGGAUUAUUCAUACGCGGAUACAUGGAGGGAUUACGACAAAUAUAAUAUCUAUAUGGAAAAGGAAGAAGAAGAAGAAUCGGAAGUAACUGACAAGACUGACAUAGUAAUAGAUCAAAUAAUGGGAGUCGAAGCGGAAGAAGUAGGCGAAAUGACAACCAAGAUUGAAGAAAAGGAUGAGGAAUCGCGUCCAAUCGGGAUUAGGAGAAAAGUGGACGUCACCAAAUCCGAAGAGACGUUGAUUACGCCAGAGGAAGAGGUCUCCAUCGCAAGCGAGGAGACGACCACCGAGAGCUCGGUCCAUCCGUGUCUGCGCGACAUAGACAUCAGCGAUUCCCAACUAAAACUGGUGAAUCCUUACACGGUGUAUCCAGUCCCGCCCGACCCCGGAUUAAUACCAGCUCUCUGGUUGUUGCACGAGCGUCCGCCAAUCUACCAAGACGACUAUGGACGGAAAUAUUACGACGCGGCAAAACGUACCGGCUCGAGACCGAUCGAAUUAUUGAGACACAUGCUCGUGACCGACGAGGUGAACUUGCGCUAUUAUGGACUCGAAUCGCGAGCGAUAAAAGCGAUUUGCGAAGGUCUGACAAACAACACCUUCGUGAGGAGAGUGGAUCUCAAGGACAACAAGCUGUCUGAGGAAGCAUGCGGGCACUUAAACAAGCUGCUGCUGGAGAACAACGCGAUCACCAGCCUGUCGUUAUCAGCGUGCCGAAUCGGUGCAAAUGGCGCGAGGAAGUUAUACGACGCGAUAUCGACGAGCACGACCUUAAAGACGCUCGAUCUUGACGACUGCGACAUUGGGAACGAGGGUUUCAAGCAUGUCGCAUCCGCAAUAUCUGACAGUUCAGCUCUGGAGAGCGUUAAUCUGUCGGGAAAUGGUCUGGACGAGUCGUGUUCCGGAGAUAUGCGGGACCUGCUGUCACGCGUCGACACUCUGAAGCAUUUGGACCUGUCCUGGAACUCCUUGCACAGAACUGAUACCUGGAAAGCUCUGACAGACGGGCUCAGGAAAAAUGAGACGCUGCUUUUCCUGAAUUUGUCCUGGAACGGACUCGGAUCGGAGUGCGUGCCUUAUCUGUGCCAAUUGCUGUUGCAGUCACAGAAUAUCGAGAAGCUGAAUCUUAAUUGGAAUGGUUUCACAGAAAAUGAUGCCGUGCACAUCGCAAGAGCUCUAACGAAAAAUAAUACGCUUCAAGAACUAUAUCUGGGCAACAAUCCUUUAAAGGCACAGGGUGCUUUAGUCUUAGUUCAUGCAAUUGCAUCGUCCGAUAUUAUUUUACGCUUUCUGGACUUGGAGAAUGUUUGGGCGAAUAAGAAUAUCUUGCAAGAAUUGGAAACGAUCAAAGAAUUCAAGCCGGAAGUCGUAGUGAAGCUAGGCGGUAUUCUGAGCAAUUAUCAGCUUGUCGGACCGAAUGAGAGAAAGAUACUUCUGAGAAGAGCAAAUUACGAAGCAAUGGCGCCGAAAAAAAAGAGGCAACGACGGGACUUCGGUCAUUUUGUGAUAUCACUGAAAAAUAUUGAGAUUUCUCGACCAAGAUUCACAGCUCUGGUAAAGAAAUUUAAAUUGAAACUCUCGAAAACACUCGUCGAAGAGAUUAUGAAUGUAUUCGAAGGGACGAGAAAAAAUACUGUUGAUCAAGGAUUAUUAAAAUCAUUUUAUCUAAAAGAAUAUCCGACAACAAGAGUACCAACGCAGAAGAAGAAAAAAGGUGUUAAAUGGACAGAAAAGAAGUGACAAGAGGAUGAAAGUUAGCAACUUAAGAAAU